GGCCGAGCGGCCCGCGGGCCUUCCGCCCGCCGCGCCCGCCGCCUCCGCCGCCGCCCGGGGCUGCUGCUCCCCGGCCUCUGGCUGCUUCUGCUGGCCCGGCCGGCCUCGUGCGCCCCAGAUGAGCUCUUUCUGGAACAGCAAAACCUAUCUUCCGUGGAGCUCAUGAUGAAGAAAAGCACCCACAGCACUGCACAUGUGGCCUUAACAGAAACUGCCCCAGGGUCCCAGCAAAGCAGUUCUCUCCACGUCAUAUCAUCUCCAUCCGCCACUAUUUUUGAUACAAUCUUUUUUAACCAAGGAACACUGACCCAAAGUAUAGCAGAUCACAGCAUCUUGGUGGCAAAGUAUGUGUCGAUGAUGAGCAAUGCGGUGGUCAGAGAUGACGAUGAAAUGGAUAACUUUUUGCCAGAAGUUCCCUGGACCACUUCGCGCGUGGUUUCUCCGGUUCGGUAUCUCCCGGUCAGCCCGCCAGCGCAGACUCCAUCUUCACCCAUUAUUUCUUUACAAGACGAACAGAUGACAUCAGCCUGGCAACACACAAUGCAACAACCAACAGCGUAUACUGAAUCCCCCGGUCAUUUCAGUGCUUUCCGGUCAGCUUUUCCCACAUCUGAGGGCAUACUUCCAACUCCUAGUAGGAACUUGGUGCUUUAUCCUACUGACGAUUACGGGCACUCAGCAAGCAGGACUUUGCCGGAGAUCAUGGCGUCCAGCACGGAGGAGGCAGAAACCCUUCUUUCUAGCUCUCUGUCUGCAGAGCCUCUGCUCUUAGGCAGUGGCGUGACUCAGCAGCCUUUUCCCUCCUGGGCGGAGGUCCCACCCCCUCCAGAGGAUGUUCUGGCCACGGGCACGGACAGAUACCCUGACGCGACCAUGGCUCUGAGUCACAGUCUAGAAGGAACCAUCCUUCCAAGGACAGACCCUGCUGCAGCUCUGGCACAGACAGCCGUCGCCCGUAGUAGCAGCAGCAGCAGCAGCAGCAGCACAGAUGGGGCUCUGUUCUCAUCGUCUCUUGCGCCCGUGUCCUUUUCUCCUCAGUCAGCUGAUGUUUCUUACAACCCCUUUCUUCCCGGCGACUCCGGUGAGGCGUCGGAGCUGCCGGGCGACGCGGUGGUCGUCCCGAGUCUCGUGGACGACGCGCGGCUCCUGAGCCCGCUGUCGUCACUCAGACCGUACACGUGGUGCAUGUCCUGCCGCGUGGCGUCGCCUCGGCUCCUCGCGUCCGCCGGCCUCCCGGAGAAGGAAGAUGGGGGCUCAGGGGACAGCCCCGAGACCCCAUCGGUGACCACACCGGAAGUCAGCCGCACCUCUCUGCUCAGCUGCGGAGUGGCGGACUUCUCUGAAUUCGAGGAAGAGCCCCAGGAAUUCAAUACUCUUUCCCCCUCACGGCCGGUGGUUCCACUCUCUUCUCCCUCCGUGGGCGUCUCAGAAACAAGCACCGGUGGCUUAGCCGACGGGGGUGUGAGGAGUGUUGGGGCCACACAAGGGCAUCCUGGCCGCGGCCACCUCUCUGCGCCAAUGUCCCCCGACCCUGCUCCCUUCGGCUUCUCCUCUGUCCCCGAAACGCCUGGAACGCCCUCCAGCGGGGCCGCCAUGUUUCCCUGGGUCGUCAGCAGUGUGCUCCCCGACUCCUCUUUCCCGCGCACCGCAAACCAGGACGCCCCACCGCCUGAGCGCGGAGACCCGCGGCCUUCUCCGUCUCACACUCCGGGUCCGUCCGUAGAGCCUUCGCUUCUCCUUGACCCGGAACCCGGCAGCUUUUCGGAACGUGCAACUGGCCCAGUUUUGGAGUCCGCAUCCAGUGUUUUCUCCACGCCGCCCCUGGAGCUCAGCAGCUUGGUCGCCUCGUCUUCAGAAGCGCUUGCUCCUCCGUCUCUGGACUCAGCCUUCCCUUCUCAGGUGUUCCCUACCGUGGUUGAGACAUUUGCAUUGUCCCACUCUCUCCGGGCGCCGUCCGCUCCGCUUUCUGUUCCCAAUUCCUCAAACUCUGAAUUUUCGCAGCUCUGGCCCAGUUCAGACCUUUUAAGGACAUUCACGUUGCUUCCUGGCUACUCUGAAAUGUCGCUGUUCUCAAGCUUCCCUUCAGAUUCUCUCAAGUUCUCCGAAGCAGCAACAGUUUCCCCGACAGGUCCUGAAGCUUCUUUUACCUCAGCCCUCACUGAAACUACCUCCUAUUUUGAGUUGUCACUCAUUGCCCCUGAAUCUUCAGUCACCACCCUGGUGCCCUCCAGUUCUGAGCCUGCCCUUGCCAUUGUGAGUCUUGGGACUCACUCGCCAUCCCCUUUGACUGCUUUUCAUACAACACCCAUUUUAGCAGAAUCUUCUUUCUUUCCAACCCCAACACCUUCCAGUGACGAUGUCAGUGUUACGGAUGAUCACACACCUCUCUUAUCCUCUUUCUCCAGAGUCAUUCCCAGCACCACACUGCUGGUCACUGAUGUGUACCUGUUGUCAGCAUCUUCAUUUGUUUCAGAGGCGAUCCCCUCACCUCUUCCUACAGAGCCAAUAUUUGUGGGGCCAUCAUUCACACCCACAGAUUUACCAGUGAACACCUCCGUGGAACCGAACGCACCCAACACCAGUGCUGCCCCUGAUCAUACUGUUGACAGCACCCCGAGCAGCAGAACUGCGAGUCAGAAUCCCCCUGAGAGCAGUUCGGCGAGACCCCCGCCAUCCCUUCAUCCCGUGCCCACCUCCACUUCUGAAGCCACGGUUGCUACUCCGGCACUGGUCACCGCCAAGCCGCCAUAUGUGUGUGAUAUUACAGUUCCCGAUGCCUAUUUGAUCACAACCGUGCUGGCGAGAAGAGCUGUGCAGGAGUACAUCAUCACAUCCAUCAAAGAAGUGUUGAGGAUUCACUUCAACCGUGCGGUGGAGCUCAAGGUUUAUGAACUAUUCGCUGACUUCACUUUCCUGGUAACAUCUGGGCCUUUCGUUUACACGGCAAUAUCCGUCAUAAAUGUACUUAUAAACAGUAAACUUGUACGUGACCAAACUCCUUUAAUCCUGGCUGUGAAACCUUCCUUCCUUGUGCCAGAAUCCAGGUUCCAAGUUCACACGGUUCUUCAGUUCGUGCCUCAGAGUGUGGAUACUGGCUUCUGCAACUUCACCCAGCGCAUUGAGAAAGGCCUGAUGAUAGCUCUUUCUGAAGUGAGAAAACACCACCAGGGGACGCAUAACUUCACCGUGCAGAUCUUGAAUAUCACCAUGGGUGCUUCAAGGCCGGCUCCUCGGCGGGGCCCCGUGAACAUUGUCUUCGCGGUCAGAGGCACGCAGGGGUUUUUGAACGGGACGGAAGUGAGCCAGCUGCUCAGGAACUUGAGCGUGGUGGAGUUCAGUUUCUACCUGGGGUACCCCGUGCUCCAGAUCGCCGAACCCUUCCAGUACCCACAGCUGAACUUAUCUCAGUUGUUGAAGUCCUCCUGGGUGAGAACAGUUCUCCUGGGCGUUGUCGAGAAGCAGCUCCAGAAUGAAGUGUUUCAGGCGGAGAUGGAGCGCAAGCUGGCCCAGCUGCUCAGUGAGGUGUCCACCCGGAGGCGGAUGUGGAGAAGGGCCACCGUCGCUGCUGGGAACAGCGUGGUGCAGGUGGUAAACGUGUCAAGGCUAGAGGGAGAUGACAAUCCUGUGCAGCUCAUCUACUUCGUGGAGGAUCAAGAUGGAGAGAGACUCAGUGCAGUCAAGUCUUCAGAUCUGAUUAACAAGAUAGAUAUCCAGAGAGCAGCCAUUAUCUUGGGUUAUCGAAUUCAAGGUGCUGUUGCCCAACCCUUAGACAGAGUGAAGAGGCCGUCUCCAGAGUCCCAGAGCAGCAACCUCUGGGUCAUUGUCGGCGUGGUCAUUCCAGUGCUGGUGGUGAUGGUGAUUGUCAUCAUCCUCUACUGGAAACUCUGCCGCACGGACAAGUUGGACUUCCAGCCUGACACGGUGGCCAACAUCCAGCAGCGUCAGAAGUUGCAGAUCCCUAGUGUGAAGGGCUUCGAUUUUGCUAAGCAGCAUCUGGGUCAGCACAAUAAAGACGAUAUAUUGAUUAUUCAUGAGCCAGCACCACUGCCGGGACCUGUGAAGGACCACACCACGCCCUCUGAAAACGGAGAUGUGCCAAGCCCCAAGGCAAAGAUCCCUUCCAAGAAUGUCCGUCACAGAGGAAGAGUUUCUCCCUCGGAUGCUGACUCUGCCGUAAGUGAGGAGUCCAGUGAGAGGGAUGCGGGAGACAAGACUCCAGGAGCGGUGAACGACGCCCAGUCCCACAGAGCCCCGCAGAGCGGGCCACCGCUGCCCAGUUCGGGGAAUGAGCAGCACUCCUCGGCCUCCAUCUUCGAGCAUGUGGACAGGCUGUCCCGGUCCUCAGAGGCCAGCCGGCGGGUUCCCAGUAAGAUACAGCUGAUUGCCAUGCAGCCCAUCCCGGCACCUCCGGUUCAGCACCCCAUACUGGCCGACCGGGUGGCAGAAACCAACAAAAUUAACAAAGAGAUCCAGACGGCGCUGCGGCACAAAUCUGAGAUCGAGCACCAUCGGAACAAGAUCCGGCUCCGCGCCAAGCGCCGCGGGCACUACGAGUUCCCGGUGGUGGAUGACCUGUCCUCCGGCGACACGCGCGAGCGGCACCGUGUAUAUCGCAGGGCGCAGAUGCAGAUCGACAAGAUCCUGGACCCCACGGCCAGCGUGCCUUCGGUGUUCAUCGAGCCCAGGAAGAGCUCCAGGAUAAAGCGAUCUCCCAAACCACGCCGGAAACACCAGGUCAAUGGCUGCCCCGGAGAUGCUGAGAAGGACAGACUCAUUACCACAGACAGCGAUGGCACUUACAAAAGGCCCCCCGGUGUCCACAACUCCGCCUACAUCGGUUGCCCAUCCGAUCCCGACCUUCCAGCUGAUGUGCAGACACCGUCCUCUGCUGAGCUGGGGAGGUAUCCAGGCCUGCCCUUCCCAGCCUCCCAGUACAUUCCGCCCCAACCAUCGAUUGAGGAGGCACGCCAGACCAUGCACUCCCUCCUGGACGACGCUUUUGCUCUCGUGGCACCCAGCAGCCAGCCUGCCAGUGCUGCGGUUGCAGGCCCAGGUGUCCCAGCCAUCCUGCCUGUGAACAGCACCCCUUCCAGGGAUGAGAGGCGAGUCACCCAGUGGGGGUCCUUCUACAGCUCUGCUCAGACGGCCAACAACCCAUGUAACAGAUAUGAAGACUAUGGAAUGACUCCCCCAUCAGGCCCAUUGCCGAGACCAGGUUUUGGCCCCGGUUUGCUGCAGUCUUCGGAGCUGGUGCCCCCAGAGCCCCAGCAGCCACAGGCAUCGGCUGAAGCCCCGUUCGCCGCCCGAGGGAUCUACUCUGAGGACGUGCCAUCGGUGGCCCGGCCAAGGCCUGUUGGGGGCACCACAGGCUCCCAGAUUCAGCACCUGACACAGGUGGGAAUUGCAAGCAGAAUUGGAGCCCAGCCAGUGGAAAUCCCACCAAGCAGAGGCGGCCAGUAUGCGGCACCAGGCUGGCCUUCAUAUGGGGAGGAUGAAGCUGGCCGAAGAGAGGCUACGCACAUGCUUGGACAUCAAGAGUAUUCUUCUUCACCGCUGUUCCAGGUGCCAAGGACUUCAGGCAGAGAGCCCUCUGCUCCUCCCGGGAACCUCCCGCACAGGGGGCUGCAGGGUGCGGGGCUGACUUACACCAGCAGCUCCACGGAAGACCUCCAGCCCGGCCACUCUUCAGCGUCACUCAUCAAAGCGAUCCGCGAGGAGCUGCUCCGGCUUUCCCAGAAACAGACCGCCGUGCAGAACUUCCACAGCUGAUCCGCCUCGCCUUGCAGAUUUGCCAAGUAUCUGCUUCCCGUGGAAGCAAGACUAAACGGAAAUCAACUAAAUGGGUGUUGCGAGAGAACGCGCAUCUCCUGGGCUAGGUGCCCGUGUAAGGGAGCAGGUUGCAAUUUUAGAGGAUGCCACAAGUCACGUGACAGCUCAUGAUGCUUUUAAUAAGUUGGCAAUUUUUGACCACUUGGGUUCCAGCCGAAAUUUACGUACUUUUGGCCAAAAGCCAGCAGCACUUCAUGAAGGCAAACCACAAAUCUAAGCUAACAACAACAAAAAAUCAACUAAAUUAGUCUCCUUUUUAAAGGUAAAAGAUGGAAAUGUGUAGAGGGUAUAGGGAUUAACGGAAUCCAGCAUUUCCGUGGGAAGAUGUGAUUCAGACUGGUUUGUAUAAUGAACUUGCUGCUUUGUUUUCUGAGAAAAGAGAUUCGAAGACAUUUUAUUAACAGCUUGAUUUCCCUCUUUUUCUCCAUAGGAACUUAUUUUAAUAGUCAUAUUAACAACAAAAAUACUAAGACUGUUUGGGAAUAAAAAAAGCUACUAGUGAGAAACCAAAUGAUAGAUUGUAGAGCCUCAUGAUUCCAAAAGAAGCCAUCAUCUGCGUUUUUCCUUCUACUUCUGGUGCUACAGCUCCGAGGGCCCCUUCACCUUUAUGUCUGUGAAAUGCAACGGAAGAAUAUGUUGAAGAUUUCAUUUGUUCUAGAAAGGAAGAAAAAAAAAACCCUCCCAAACAGGGGGCCUGGGGGAAAGUUUAAUAUUUAUUUGGUUAUUCAAAAUACAUAUCAAAGUUUAGAUUUACAUUCUUAAUUGUAUUUGCUGUUUAUUAAUUGGGCGCAUGCAACUACUGACAGCAUCCCAUCUCAGUGCAUGCCAUCAUUAAGGUCAUACCUACAGAAGGAGGCUUUCAGGAGGUCAUAACUAAUCCUUGCACUUGGCUGAUGAGUUGCUCACAAAUUAUGUUUGAAUGAGAAAUCUUACAUGAGCAAAAAUUAUUUAUAAAAACUACCAGGGCCAACAAAUCGUUAUUCAUGAGUGCAUUUCUAGUAAUCACAUUCUCUGUGUUCAAGACCUGGAAAUGAAACAGAGUUUAGUCCAGCCUCUCAGUAACAAAUCAAGAAAUGUAAAGAAGAGCUUUGAGGACCACAAGGGAGAGGAGAGAGUUGUUUCUGAUUUUACUGUGCAUGACCACUGAGUGACUGUUAAAACAUCUUAUGUUCUUGGGGCCUGACAGAGGGUAUCAUCUGUCUUGAGAUUCAUUCCUGAAGUAAACAUUUCCCUACUUCCAAAAUUAGAGUAAGGAAUAUAAUAACAAGGGCCAUUCUGUUUGCUGAUACCUGAAUGAAGCUCAGAAGAAAAACAGAUAAUAGAGUUCCACUAUGAAUCCUUUUUUAUUAGUUCACUAAUACUUUUAAUUAACAACAUAUAAACAGAGAGAAUUUGGGGCUCUGAUGAAUCCAAAUCUGUGUCAAAUUUUAAGAACCCUGAAACACCUAAAAUAGGUUUCCAAAGUGUAAUCGCUGAGGACCAGAAUCAUGUUUUAGUGCUUCCUCAAUGAAGCUUGUCAGACAGUCUUAUGAUACAGGAAUGUUGCUUCCAGGAAGUUAAAUGUAGUCUUUUUUUCAUCUGUGCCCUCUGAAAGAGGAGGGGUGCAGGGGAAUAAGUCUCUCAUGGAUGUUAAACGAAUGGAAAUCCCUUAUCAGGCAGUCCUCACAGGCUCCAAGGAGCGUGGGAGAUAAGACCCCUUUCUGGGCUUGAUAUCUUACCUCUCAGUCUUGAUUUAAUACCAGACUCUCUCCAAAGUGGAGGAUUAUCUUUGCAUGUCACUCAAAAAUACCAGGUUUCCUGAGUAUGUUAAGAAUUUGAGAUAUCCAAGCAGAAUUUUAUUACGGACACUUUAUAGUGAAUUCAGGUCAUGUGGCAGCAAAUGGAAUUAAUGUAGGCCCCCUCCUCCCAUUCUGCUCAGUGUCAUGUUUGCACACAGUGUACUAAGAAUGGUUACCUCCUCUGUACAUCACAGAAACGGGUGUCUCUUUUCUAGUGGGCUGCAGUAGUGAGUUUGAUGCCUUUCAGACUAGCAUAAAAGGAUUCUACCUAUAUUGUUAGGUUUAGAAUUGAUAGACUUUUCAACUGACGUCAGGACCAAAGAUAACAUAUGAUAACUGAUGGUGUAUGGUGUGGUGUGGGCAGGCUCCUGGGCUCACCAGCACUCUUGUGUUGAUUGUAAAGCACACUCUGCACUUGUUUUCUGUAAACACUUGCAGCAGUUUUACCUGUCACCACACUCAGGACAGACUAACUGUCGUGAGGAGCAACACACCCAGGUGGGUCUUUGAACACUCAGUUAACAUGAUCUACUUAAAAGAAAGGUCCUCAUGUUGAUCUUGUGUGGCUUUGGAGUUCCAUUAACUGAAGUACUCUAAAAUGAAAAGUUAAGUUUUGUGUCUACUCUCUUUUCCUAGUUUAAAAGUUCCGGUGGUAAUAAUACAAGCUAUAAAGUUGAGUCAGAAUUUCAGAGAGGGUCGGAGAUCAUUUUCAGAGUCUACUUUGUCACCAACUUGCUGUGUCAGGUACCUUCCUGAAUCUCUUUCUCCCCAUCAGCCAAAUGAGGACUCACCUCCUCUGUCCACCUCCCAGAAUUUCUCUUUUUGAGAUUCAGAUGUGAUCUUGCAUGCAAAGAACCCUUGAGGAAGAUGCACAAAGCUUGGUGAAAUGUAGAACGUUAUCUCUAUGAUUGUACUGGGAUCGGACAGUCUGAUAUGCUAUUGUCUACCAGUGAAUGACUUCACAUGGAGGUAACCAGAGAAAACUAAGGGCUCCAUGUAACUCCCCUUCCACUUUCCCAAUUUGCUUGAAAUUCACAUCCUUCAUCCUUAACUUUGAAACAGCAUUUAUUGAACAUCUUUCUGCACCUGACUUUUUGCCGUUUCUAGCACCGAAAAAGUCAACAUGAGUCCUGUCUUUUUGAUCUUAGAAUCUAAGAUAGCAUAGCUGGGUAUAAAAGACAGAAGAUAGAGAUACAUAAUGUAGUGUGUACAUUAGUAAGAUUCACUGAAAAUACACAAGUGCGUUGGGUACUCAGGAGAAGGGAAGUUGCACAUUUGGAAACGAUGUGAUCCUGGGGAGAAGCCCACUUCAGAAGCUACUUUAAUGAAGACGGGGGAGCUGGUGAGAUGGCAAGGGAAGAGCUGGGAGUGGGCCUGGGGAAGGAUGGAGAAAGUGGGCGAAGGUGUCCUCGAAAAUGAACUUGAUCUGCUGCAAUAUUCAGACAAGAUCCCUAACUGCACCGUUUAGGGAGUUUUAAUAAAACAAGAGGAGGAAAUGGGGCUGCGAGGAUGUGUUUGCAAUAAUACAGCGAGAAAAUUGCUGGGUCUGCGAAGAAGGUCUGCACAGCAAGAGAUCCCAUCUGGAGGAGUGAAGAGAAAAGCACCAAUUGUAAAGUGUGAAAAUAUUGUAAGAACUCCACCAAGGUUUAUUGCUUAGGACAGCUCUCUGUGGUCAGUCAUUCAAACACAUUAAAUCCUUUGUGGAGUGUAGUAGGUUGUAAAUAAAUAUAUCCCACUUCUUUGUAGCUGCCUACACAAUUUUCUCCAAAUUUUAUCUAAUUUCAGAAUAUGUUUUGAUUUUGGUGGGACAUGGCUUUUGAGCAGCAGACUAAGCAGGGUUUGCCAACUGGACUUUUCAGGGCAUGAGGCCUGCGAUGCAAAGCACAGGUGAAGGUGCACCUGAAGGCUUUGGGCCGAAACAAGUAAUUCUGUGCUUUAUGAGCCUCCCAUUUAACUGUGUACAGGGUCAGUGUUUGCUGCAUUGCCCUUAAUGCUCCAGUGGCCAAACCAGUCACUUGGACACCGAUUUGCAUUUGCAGUAAUUCACACGUUAAUCAUUAAAUAAACUCUUUCCCUUUCAUCCUAGAUUCUUAGACAUGAAUGAAUUUGCUGGUUGAAAGGAAAGCUGGUUAAGGUUCUGGGCAGGCGAGAAGGGGGCCUCCAGUCUUAACUACCAUACUAACUUCAGCUCGAGGUGAGCUUUAGCCAUUCCAUUUCUACCUCCAAAGCCAGUCUCCGCAGCCUACUUAUCCACAUUUGUCCCCAACGGGAGCGUGAGGGAGUCCACUUCUGUACCUGCACACUGACCAUUUGAUCACAAAACACAUUUUUAUGGAAUGGUAACUUGAACUUCAUUUUUACAUUUAAUCCAACGCAUUAAUGGAUAUUCUUAUAACAGGUGAGGGGUUUCUAAGAGCAUCUGCUGUAACAUACUCAUAAAAUGUAAUAGGCUCACACUUACUACCUAACGAAUAAGGAGUGUGUAUAUUUUAGGUUUCUUUUGAUAUUCUUGGAGGUGAUUUUGAGUGUUUAGGACUCCUCUCUCUAGUAUUAAAAAGACUUGAAAACUGAAACCUCACGGUACGAUCCUAAUUCCAUUGCUUGUGUGUGUGAACAGUACAUUUGAGAAUUUAUCUUAUGAACACACAGCAGCAUUGAAAUUUAGGAAAAGAAUAUUAAAUGCCUUUGGAAACAUGAAACAAAGUUAGGAGCCAGCGAGCAGGUGAGAGGAGGAACGAAUGUCUUAAUCUGAGGUGGUCUAGUCCAAAUUAGUUUCCCACAGGGUAGUUAUACAGGAUCCUUGCUUUUCCUUCUUCCAGGUUUUUCUGCUCUGGGGCCACUUCACAUUUAAAGAAAGAGUGAAUGGUAGAAGGGACGGAGAUAAAAAUUGAAGUGAUUUGAGUCACUCGGUCCCUGAUUCCACCAAAACCUUUCUGGACAUUUUGGAGCAUCGUGAAGGGUCUCAUGCCCCCGUUUCAAGCAUUCAUGACUUGAUUCCCUAAGUGCACGAGUUAGGAAUAGCACAGGGCCACAUUUAAGCCAGACUCCCUGUACUGUUCCUCUUGUUCAUGUGGGGAAAGAAGGAGGUUCCACUGAUUAAUGUACUUGCUCUAAACACCAGAGGGCGCAUUUCAGAAAGGGGGUAAAAACUCAGCUUGGCCCUCCUCCAGAGCAUCUUCGAGGGAGCAUGGAGAUUGGGCUCAUUACCCUUGCAGGAAAGGUGGCUCAGCAGAGCUGCUCCAGGAUGCCCACUUGUCUCCUGCUUUGCCAAGGUCCGUGUUCUUCUGACUCUUCCUGCACUCUCAACCCUGGACUGUGAGUGAUAAUGUACGAAAAUGUGCAGAGUAAAUUGAGGCCACUCGUGGCAUCAAUACUGCAACUUGAACUUGACAAUCAUGGUUUGCUGGUCUCAAAAGGGCACUUAAAUUUCAGCGUGGGUAUAUGAUUUAGUAAUCGAACCCUCCCUUCUAUUUGUCAGUUAUGUUUCUACCCUUCAAUUAGCUGCCCUGUUUUCUAAUGUGCUGUAGAGUUUUUGAAAUAAUUUAUGCAAGUGUUUGGUUUCCAUGUUUACAAUUUAUACUGCUUUCCUAGCAUUUUAAAUGGAAAUGUCAAUAAAUGCUAUGAAUUGGUGUCAAAUGA